CGUGCGCGUAGACCGGUUUCAAGACGCCAUCUUGAGUAGGCCAGAGGGGGAAGUGUCGCACACAUUUUCCCCUCUUUUCCCCUCAAAAGCCGGUCGAAAUCGUUCGAUCUUUGUCAGAUUAGUUAGAUUAUAGUGUACAGCACCCGAAGAUGGCGGACGCAGUGGUUGAAGAGUACGAGUCGUCCCUGGCCGACCUGACUUUCAACAGCAAGCCGCACAUCAACAUGCUGACGAUGCUGGCCGAGGAAAACGUGAAAUAUGCGCCGCACAUUGUCAGGCUUAUAGAGGCACAGUUGAACAAGGCCACAUCAUCGGAGAAGCUGCCAGUAAUGUACCUGAUGGAUUCCAUUGUUAAGAACGUUGGAGGAGACUACUGUACCCUCUUCUCGCAGAAUAUCGUUUCAACAUUUUGUAAUAUCUUUGAGCAGGUUGAUGAGAAAACACGAAUGUCCUUGUAUAAGUUGCGCUCAACUUGGGACACUAUCUUCACCGCAAAGAAGUUGUAUGCAUUAGACAGUCGGGUUCAGGGUAUUGACCCUGCCUGGCCUGUAAAGCCUUUGCCAGCAGAGCUGCAAGUUUCCACCAGUAUACAUGUCAACCCAAAAUUUCUCAAGAAGCAAGAGUCGGACACAGCCGCCAUGCAGCAGCAGCUCCAGGAACAGCAAGAACAGCUGCUGCGCUCACAGCUGAUCGCCAAGCAGCAGGAACUACUGAAGAUGCAGCAGGCUAGGCUGGAGAUGGAGCUACUGCAGACCAGGGCCAAACUAGAGGAGCAAACCAAGACCCUACGUCCUCAGGUCUGGGAAGGCACAGCGAGUAGGUCCAUAUCGCCCAAGGACCGUCGGUCCAGUAGAUCGGGAAGACAGGAUAGAACACCACCCAGGUCAAGCAGGACGACUCGAGAGUCAUCCAAGGACAAGGAUGACAAACCCAAGGCAAAGACGAGUGACAACAAAUCUAGGGCUGGCACAAAGCGAAGCAUGGAGAAAGAAAACAAAAGUAAGGUCAAAAAGGAGCCACAGGAAACAAAAGCAGGGAACAAGUACGAACAAAACCAGGAUUAUGACAUGGGCAGUCCUAAAUUUUCUCCCGAACCAGAGUCGGACCCCGAAGAACCAGUCGCAAAGAGAUUCCGCUCAGCUGAUAGGGACUUUCCAAGGAGGGCCUGGCCCUUGCCCCUGCAAUCAAAUGUGAGGCAGGAACCUCAAGCCAGACGACCGUCCAUCAGCUCACUGCCAAGAAUCCCCAGGAAGCCAGCUGGAACACCUUCAAGAAGACUCAGCAUCGAUCCUGAUCUUAAAAUCCCCAAGGAGCUCACUCUGGAGAAACAGCAGCAGAUCUUGAAACAGGCUGAGGAGCAGUUUCGGAACAAUCAACUUUCCCACGAACAGUACCAGGAGAUGUUGAAACAACUUCACGAGCUGUAUGAGCUGCAGAGGCUAAGGCAGCAGCAGAUGCAACAACGUGGGGAUGGACAGGUCUUAAGGCUGGAGAGAAGAGAAGAUGGUGUGAGAGGAGGGCGGAUGGCACGAGGCAGGGGAAGGGGACUCCUCCCCACCCCACCCUCACCAUGGGCGGAGCUGAAACGUCAACCCUCCACUGAAGCAAAGUCCCCCUGGGCAGAGUACAAGAAGAGCCAUCCCAGUGAGCGAGAGUUCCAGUUCCCAGUGAAGGAGGAAAAAGACGCAGCCAGUGAACAGGCACAGCAAGCUUACAUGGAACACAGGAAGAAGCUUGAAGAAAGAAAGUCGUACUUGGAACACAAGAGCAAGCUGAGGAAGACGUCGUUGUACUUCGAUGAGCGGGGGUGGGAGUACCCGUCCAGGGAAUACCCCAUGGAUAUAGAUGAACGGCAGGGAGCAGCAGGACGAGGUAGGGCUCCUGGGCUUGGGCCUGAAGGGAUCCACCGACGAGCACUGCUGCCGUACUUGGGACAGCAAGACGGUUCUCCCAGGCCUCUGGACGAUGGAAGGAGAGAGGAUCCAAGACUCAGGAGGACAGAAGACAGAGGGGCACCAGAGUUCAGGAACGAAGAAGACAGAAGGAGAUGGGAAGAGUGGAAGAAGUUCGACGACGAGGUCUGCAAGCAGUGGAACUUGGAGUACAGGAAGUGGGAGGAGGAAAUCAAGAAAUGGGAAGACAGCGGGAGACAAGGGCCUCGGCCGCUGGCGCCACAUGAAGUGUACGGCCAAGGCAAGCAGGAGUUUGAUCCAAAGAAGGAGGAGGAAUACAGGAGAUGGCAAGACGACAUACGGAGGUGGGAGCAUGACGGGAUGAAGGGACCGCCCCCUCCUGCUCCACAGGAGAGUCUGCCCCUGGGUCCGGAGCUGUUAGACAGGCUGGAGAACGAUCGUCGGCAGUGGGAUGAGGACCGGGCAAAGUACUUGAAAGAGCUCAGCAUCUGGGAGCAGAAGAUGGACCACUGGAAGAAGUUUGGGACCGGGCCACCCCCGCAGCGCCCUCAGGAGCCAGAACAUCCCGGUCUCCCCGUGGACAGAAGAUGGGAGGAGGAUCGACGCAGGUUUGAAGAGGAACUGAGGAAGUGGGAUGCCGACAUGGAGAUGUGGGAGAAGAACGGCAGGAGAGGUGCACCUCCCCUCCGCCCUAAAGAACCAAGUCUUCCUACAUCGACAAAUGUCGUCUUCAUGGAAAGGCGAGGAUUCCCAUCCGAGGGUCAGUUUGACCGACCGUCUCGGACUUGGGAGGAGGAUCAUCGCAGGUGGGAAGAAGACAUGCGCAGGUGGGAGCAAGGAGGACGAAAGGGGAACCCCCCACAAGAGCCUCUGCGUCCGUCUCAGCAGAAUCAAAGGUCAGAGGACCGUCGUAGAUGGGAACAAGAUGGAAGGAAAGGCCAGUUUGAGAGACCAGAUGAAAGGUGGCAAGAGGACCAUCGUAGGUGGGAAGAAGACAUGCGCAGGUGGGAGCAAGAUGGUAGAAAAGGGCAGCCCCCACAAGAGCCUUUACCGCCGCCUCAGUUCGACAAGGCUAAACUGGAAGCAGAGCACAGAAGAUGGCACGAGAGUCGGCGGAGGUUCGAGACAGAAUUGAAGAAGUGGGAGGAGAAUGGAAGGAGGGUACCCCCUCCACCGUCACAUAUGGAUUUGCCCCCUCCCCUGGGGCCAGAAAUGCCAGAGGUCGCUCGUAAGCAGUGGAAGCUCGACUGUCAACACUGGCAAGACCAGAUGCGAGGUUGGGAACAAGGUGGCAGGCAAGGGCCGCCCCCCUCCCCUCCCUACCACCUGCUGUCCCAGGCCCUGGAGAUAAACGAUGCUGCCCGCAGACAGUGGGAGGAGGACCACAGGAGGUGGGAAGAAGACAUGAAGAGAUGGGAGGCAGAUGGCAGGAGAGGGUUGCCUCCACAGGAGCCAGUCAUGCAGAUGCCUGGUGUGCCGCAGCAUUCGUCAGCCUUACAGAAACCCGAGCCAGAGUGGAGAGAAUUUGAGGAAAAGCACCGACAGUGGGAAGAAGAUAUGCGUCGAUGGGAGGCUGGAGGGAGGAGAGGCACCCCUCCUGUGGAGCCUGUUCCUCCUCGCGUGCAGUCACCGGGGAUGCAGAAUCGUAACGCUCAGUGGGAGGAAGAACAUCGCAAGUGGCAAGACGAUAUGAAGAGGUGGGAACUGGACGGCAGAAGGGGCAUGCCUCCCAUCGAACCCGUACAUCCCUCAAACCAGCAGGGCACUGCUGCUGCUGCUCAAAGAGACUGGGAGCAAAGACACCGGCGCUGGCAGGACGAUAUGAGGCGAUGGGAGGCUGACGGUAGGAGAGGAGUCCCUCCCCCUGAACCACAGCCACCACGGCUGGAGGAGGAGCAGCGUCGGGAGGCAGCCCUGAGGGAGUGGGAAUCCAACUGUCGCCAGUGGGAGGAAGACAUGAGGAGAUGGGAAGAUGGUGGCAAGCGUGGCUCGCAGCCGAUCAAACCUGUCCUUCAUCUCCCUCAGCCCAACAUGGCGCUCGUCGAGUGGGAAUCCCAGCACCGCCGCUGGAAGGAAGACAUGCAGAGGUGGGAGAUGGACGGCAGGAGGGGAGUCCCUCCACCAGAACCACGCCGCCCGCCAGACCAACACCCAGACAACUCACUCAAAGCUUUCCAGGAGAGACACCGUAUGUGGGAGCAAGACAUGGACCGGUGGGAGAAGGGCGGUCGCAAAGGUCAGGCUCCUCUCGAGCCUCUACCGCCCCUCCCUCCGAAGAAUGUUCUCUCAGAAGAGGAGAGGAAGAAACUGGAUGAGGAGCACCGCAUGUGGGAGGAGGCCAUGACGAGAUGGGUGGAGGGUGGCAGGAUGGGACCCCCACCUCGAGCUCCAGGGGAGCAGGAGGACAUGCCAAUGGGGCAGCCAAGGCCACUAAUCCCUGGGCUAUCUGGAGCUAGGAUGGGAGGACCUAGAAUGGAUGGGCCUGGACCUAGAAUGGAUGGACCAGGACCUAGAAUGGAUGGACCUGGACCUAGAAUGGAUGGUCCAGGGCCUAGAAUGGAUGGACCAGGGCCUGGACCGAGAAUGGAUGGACCUGGACUGAGAAUGGAUGGACCGGGACCUAGAAUGGAUGGACCGGGACACAGGAUGCCAGGUCCUGGGUUUAGAAUGGAUGGACCUAUGCAUAGACCUGGUCAGUUUGGAAUGAUGCAGCCAGGCAUGGUGUCCUCAGCUCCCGGGCCCAUGAUGUCAGGACCUGGACCCAUCAUGUCUGGACCGAUGGGCGGAAUGCCGUUCUCUGGACCGCCUAACCCAGCCCUGUUUGGUAACAUGGUGAUGGGAGUGGCCACAACGAUGCAGCUUGCCAUGGGACAGAUGGGGAUGCCAGGGCAGCCCAUCCAGGGGCGCCCCAUGCAGCCAAUGCCUGGACCGUCCCACAUGAGCAUGGGGCCCAUGCCAGGGAUCCCUGACCAUCAUCCACCCAUGCCAUUUGGGAUGCCACCACCUGCCCCUGGCCCCGCUCCACAGCCAGCCAAACUAGAUGUCAGUCAGCUGUUUGAGAAGCUGCUGAAAACAGGGAUUAUCAAGAAGGUUGACGAGAAGAAAGAAGAGCCGAAGGUGGAGGAACAGAAGAUGGAAGCUAAGACGGAGGAGGUGACCAGAGUUGUCGUUCCUCUGGAGGAAAGGAUGGAGGAAGAUGAACCCCGGGCGGAGCUGAAACUGGACACUACUGUGCCUCCCCUGGCACUGAAAGUGGAAGAUCUCAAAACGCGGCACAAGGGAGUCAUCAACCGACUGUACUGUGGCAUCCAGUGUUCGUCGUGCGGCAGCAGGUUCCUUCCUGAGGAGACAGACAAGUACGCCAACCACCUGGACUGGCACUUCCGCAUGAACCGCAGGGAGAAGGAGGGCACUGGCAAGGCCUCUCACAGGGACUGGUACUACGGUGUUGAUGACUGGAUAGCCUAUGCAGAGCUUGGUGAUGAUGAAGAAGACCAGGAAUCUGCCUUCUUCGAGCAGCCUGUCGUCACCAGUGAGCCAGGAGAGGUGAUCAGCUGUCCUGUCUGUACAGAUGAGGAAAAUGAUGACAUCUGUGACAUCUGCCAGGAGCCAUUUGAGCAGUUCUGGGAUGAGGAAGAGGAGGCGUGGCAUCUUAAGGACGCAGUCAGGGUUAACGGCAAGACCUUCCAUCCAAAUUGCUAUGAAGACUAUGACGAGAGUUUCCUGGAGACCCCAACCCCUGCCGACGCACCCAAGGAAUCCCCACUCGAAGUCCAAAUCAAAAUGGAAGCUGCGCAGGUGAAGGAAGAACCGAUGGAUGCAGCGGAGGAAGAGAAACCGUCAACAUCAGCGAUGCAGCCGCUCUCAAGCAUUAAAGAAAUCCCCUUCCUGUCAGAGGAAGCCCAGAACUCAGACUCGAAAGAACAGAUGAUUGUUAAAGAGGAAGUUAGUGAGAGUAUGGAAGUGGGUGAAACAGAACAGGUUAAAACAGAGAUGCAGAACAUAAUAGUGAAAGAAGAGCCCAUGUCACCAGCUAGUAAUCAGUGUGAAGCACCAGCACAGGUAGAGAAAGUUACGGUAAAAAAGGAACCUGAGAAUGUGCCAUCUCAACUUGAUAACAAUAGCGAACAAACGACUGAUCAGAUAACUGUAAAACAAGAAGUUGUCGAUAACCCUGUUGAAACUGAACCUUCCGCUUCAGUGUCUGAUAAGAAAGAAGUGGAGGAAAAUGUUGCUGUAGUUUUGAAAGACAAUGAUAAAGCAGCAGAAAAGGUUGAAGUGGAAAACGUAACUCCAAGUCCAGUGGAGACGCCACUGGAUAAACCUAAGGUGGAGCCUGUUGAUGAGAGUAAAGGCCAGGCUAUUAGCACGAUUGGGGGUGGGAAUAAGAUCCCAGUGGUGGGGAGUGCCAGCCCAUUACGUGGGUCAGCCAUUUCUGUAGUUGGAGGUGGCAGCAGCCCUGCACGAUUUAGAAGUAACAGUCCGAUGCACUCCAUACCUGUCAUAGGGGCAAGUAGCAGUCCAAAGAGAACUGCUCAGGCUACGGCCAAUCCAGAAGCCGCCAAAAAACCAAAGACAGGAUCAUUCUUUAAGUUAGAUCCGUCUGCAAAAACAAAGUGAUAUGUUUAAUGAUCUUGUAAUAUUCUGAGGUGUUACACCAUUUUGUAAUAUUCUAAGCUGCACUACAGUUAUGAAGGUGGUGUUGUGAACAUUAUUGUAUUCGUAUAUAUUUGUAUCCUUACAGAGAAGGUUAGAUGCGUUGAGUUGUAUAAUCAAUGUAAAGAUGAACGUAUAGUUCUGAAGUUGUCAUGGGCAUAAGUAGUGCAGAGAAUGUGCCAAAUUCUUUAUAAAAGUGGACGUUACAUUGACACUAAUUUCGCAUCAUAUGUUGUAUUUGUUUCAAUAUAUAUAAUGCAUUGUACAUAUAGAUUAUCUGUGUAGCUAUUGUCAACUCCACGAGUUUGCUUUUACAACAUAGCUACAUCGUAAGGUGAAACCAGAUUUCUGUGAUGCAACUUGGUUAUGAAAUUAAAUAUUGACAAAUGUACAAAGCCUGUAACAAAACGGAGGACCAGCUUGUAUAAAGUUCAUACUAUUGAAUACUUGUAUCAUACAUUUAAGAUUUGGUGCAAGCUUACUGUUAGAUUCUUUUUGUUUCAUUGAUACAGGUACUAAGAAGUGUCCACAAAAAAAGCUGUUAUGUACUUCGUUCUGACGUUAAACGUAAUAAUCACGCCUCCUGACUUAACUCGGUGGUAAAAGCUUUAGUUCACCUUGUGCUUUGCUUUGUUAUAUGUAUAAAGUGCAAUUACAGAAAUGUCAUACAUUUUUGAUGGGUGCCAACUGAUGUUGUAAAGUUUUGUGAACAAAGAAGGAAUGGGCCAGGUUGGUGAAAGAAAAUAAAGGUUCGUAUGAU